AUGCUUACUCUUGUUGGAGCAAGACCUCAAUGGCUGAUGGCUGGCUUCAUGUUUACAACCACGUUCAUAUCACUAUGGAUAUCAGAUACAGCAUGUGCGGCACUGAUGUCACCAAUCGCUUAUUCCCUGUUUGAAGCAAUGAUGAUUCACAAGAUGAAUCCAGCGCAUGAAACUCAGGGAGAAAAUGAAGUAGACUUGGAAUUGGAGAAGUUUGAAAAGUGGGUGAGUAUUGGUGAUAACAAAAUAUGCCACUGUAGGGAAAACAUAGGACACAUUACAAAUGCUUAA